ACCACACAGUCACACACAACAUUAUUACCCGACGAAGAACCCUAAUUGGUAUCACGACGGAUUUCAAUUUGGAACAGCCUGCAAAAAUUACCAGAGACUGUGAUGUAAGGUUCUGAGACUACUGAGUAGGAUCGGAAGGGCCGCCCGCGAGUCGUCCUACUGGCCAGGAAGGCAUCCACCCUCGCCCUCCCAGUCGGACAAAUGCCUAUUUCGUCGAUGGUCCCCUCUUCCCAGGACGCUGAAAUGGAUAGUCCAAUGAGAGUUGAAGUCCGCAGCGAGCUAUUAACCUCAGCAUCCGAAAGCUUCGCAGACAAACUACCAGCUGUAUCUUUCCAAAACCUUACAAUCCGCCCAGCACAACACACGACACCAGACGUGCAAUCUCAGCCGACAACACGAAGUGCUUCCCAAAAACCGAGAAAAUGGAGCAAAUUUCUGGCACGCCUCAAGUAGCGCCAGCGCCUGUCAAACAAUUCCACUCCCCAUCCUCACAAGUCCUUGACCUCGUCUGUGUUGGAUUCGGAACCAACAGUUUAGCCCUUGCUACUGCGGUUAAAGACAACAAUUCUUCGUCAAAUGUUCUUUUCUUAGAACAAAAGCCUGAAUUCCGCGCAAAUAGUGGUUCCUCCUCGAGACAUAUGGAUGUUUCUUUCAUGCAUGAUCUUGCAACACUUCGGGAUCCAACGUCAGAAUUCACAUUUCUGAGCUAUUUGCAGCAACAAGGAAAGAUGAAUGAAUUCGUUGAAGCCUUAAGCGAGAGUUCAUCCGGACCUUUGAGAGGUGAUUUUGAAGAGUACCUUGGGUGGGCAGCAGCCAAGUGUUCCGAUUUGGUGGCAUACGGACAGCAAGUUAUAAGUGUUGAGUCACUUUCUUCUAGUAGAUGGGCCGUGCAAGCGAUGUGUAUGGAAACCGGGGAGACUCGAGUCUUGAUCGCAAAGAAUGUUGUUUUUGGCAAUGACGAACAUGCAAGAGUUGCUGAGCACUUGUAGGCCAGUUUUAUCUUUAUUUCAUUUAAGAUGCUAAUGAGAAAUAGCAAUGAAGACUCGGUCACAGAGCAGAGCGAGAGUAUGGCAAUGCUUCAAGUCAUGGAAGCAGCAAAGCAAGUAUACAGAACCAAUCCCCAAGCAGUAAGUCGAGCAAAUGAAGAUUGCCAACAGCUUAGUGUCUAAUCUUAUGUCUUCAACAGUCAUCCGAUUCUCGUUUCUCGACCCUAUGUAUUCGCACAGUUGCCAUCCACAACUUGGUAUUCUCGGAUGCCGAACCACUGUUUGUAAGAGCGAUGCUAUAAAUGUGUGGGUUACGAAUGAUGACUUUAGACGAUGAUAUCAGAGUUAAACCUCAGCAUUGCAUGGAGUAUGGGGGAUCUCGGAACAAUUGGCGUUUGCAUAAAAGUUUGAUUUAGCCAUGAAUAUAAAGUUCUGCAUGUAUGAG